GUCGGAUAGCCCUAUUUGGUUGAGAAAAAACAGACUGCAUUUGUCAAUCUCAAUCUCAACAUCGAUAAUUAAUAUCCUCUAGAAAAUCAAUCGCAAAUAAAACAAUUAAUUUUGAUAGCAUGGAAUAAAUUUUCGGCUUGAACUCACCUAGGAACGCAUUCUAAUUUCUUUUAAAUUAUAUCUGUGGAAGGAAUAGUUACAUUGUUGACAGGCUUCACUGAUGGUCAAUUGUCAUCUGUCCUCCGGCUAAGCCUCUUCACCGAUGUCUAUGUAUCGAUGAUGUAGAGCGCCGAGGAGCAAGGCUACAAUAACGGUGCCGAUUUCCUCAGCUUCUGAUCCAAGUAUACCCACCAUGCCCCAGUUCUACUCAGGGGAAACUCUGUUAUGUGUCAAGCCACAGAGUGAACAUGUUUCGCGGUCGGGUGAUUCAUAAUAAGGCUGGUUGUUGGAAAAAAGGAAUCAAAUGUUUGCGUCACAUUCCUUCAUCAACUGAAACAAAAACACAUGCCUUGAUAUACCACUCCAUGAACUUCUAGCAUUAUUCGCGUUGCUUUCUUCUGCGCGUCGGUCUAUUUCUUCAUUUUCAUCUUCAUGUUUAUUCUGUCUGUCUGUCUUUCCCUAAGCAAAUUCAUCAAUCAUGGCCGUUAAAUUUUAUCCGUCGCAAAUCGGAUCCAACCUCGUUACCCCUUUGUCCUACACUGCAUCUCCCGCCAAAUUGUUUCUUCAGGAUUUGUGGAUUGUGUUUGUGAAUCUUAGAUUUGUUCCUGGUAUCUUUCUACCUCUGACUCCCACACCUUCUGGUGUGCUGGACGAAUUAUACCCUUCUGCAGGAAACCUAUUCGAUCUUGCUUUGCAUGCUGUUCUGUUCUUUCUGCAAUUAUGUUUUAUCCUUUCGAUUCCUAUCUGGAUGAUGAUGCCCGUGUGGGUGGUAGCCACGGGCUUCACCAUGUUUUGGACGUUUAAUUAUUACCUUUGUUUGGUUUUGAAUGGGUCAGCAUCGGUAACAACGUGUGAAUCAGCUCCCGAGUAUGCCCAAAGAAAGGAAGAGCAUGCUCAUGAGCGAUGGGUGUACAUGAAUGGUGUUUGUACUGGUCACCACUGGCUCAAAGGUUCCGUGGAUCGUCUUGCUCUCACAUUCGGCCGCCCGGUUCUAGGAAUUCACAAUAGAACCAAAGGACUCGUCUUUGAUCUCUUCGAAUGUCUGAUUCAGCGCACUCUCAAUUACGCUACUACUGACAUUCGUACCUCGUACCGCAUCCUUAAAGCAACCCUGUACGAACCUGAGGUUACACGAGUGAUAUAUAUUCUACACUCGCAAGGCUCCAUUGAGGGCAGCAUGAUCAUAGACUGGCUUCUCGCCGAGAUUCCCCAGGAUCUUCUCCAAAAGCUUGAAGUCUACACCUUCGGAAACGCCGCUAACCAUUUCAACAAUCCACAUCUCCAGAUCGCAUCUCAGAACAAGGCCCUGGCUCACCCGUCAUUACCGGCAACUUCUCUAACUAGAACAGUAACCACCUUGUUCACCAACUCAAGUAACCCAGUAGAACUCCCAACUACCCGAAAUGGAAAUGGGAAAGCCAUCCCGCAUAUCGAACACUAUGCACACACAUAUGAUUUCGUCUCCCGAUUCGGAGUUCUCCACUACCACAAAAAUUAUAGUAAUGAUACCUUCGCCCCGCGUUUCAUGGGAAGACUAUUUGAAGUAGAAACUAGCGGUCACAUGUUCGUGCAGCACUACCUAGACACCAUGUUUCCACUUUCCAAAUCCGCACGAAGGCUGUUGCAAGGCACCGGAAUCAAAGACGACAAGAAGCCUACAGAUGCAAACUCAGAUCAAGAGCGUGUGGAUGAAGAAGACGCAUUUAUGACCAGUUCUGUCGAAAGCAGAGGUCGUGUGGCCCCGGAAGAUAAACUCGGGAGAGAAGAUUGGGAAGUUUCUUGUGUGGGGGAAUCGACUGAUGAUGGGGUUGCGCCACAAAUGAGCGCCAAGAGUGGAAAAACGAAUGGGUCAAAAAAGAAGAAGGAGUCGAACUUGUCGGGAGAGGAAAUGAUGGUAACGAAUGGCGAUUUUGGAACGGGCGGUUACAAGGUUAAGAACUUGAGCAGAUUAUGGUUGUAUCGCGAUGGUAGAAGUCCCAUGAAUUAAGAUGGGUUACAGUAGUGAAUUCUUUUUUUGUUCAUUGGAAGGGCAACUUGAGUAUGGUGUUUGGUGAUGUGCCCGGGAAGGACUUUUGGUUCGUCGGGCUUUUGAAAAUUUCUUCUUAGAGGGGUUAUAUUCAGUAUGAGUAUUGAUAUACCAGUGAAUUUGGAUGAUUUAGGGCUGGCGCUUUGGGAUCUGAAAUUACAUUUGGGUACCAAUCUCUUUUGCUUUUCAUGAAUAUGCACAUCAGAACCCCUAAAACCGUG